AUGACGGAGGAAUUGACCAUCGUGCAUCGCACUGCCAUCUUUAUGGAAAAUGUUUGCAACAGAAUUUACCGUUGUAAUAUCGCUGUUAAUAUCCAACAACGUCUAUGUGACAUCGGGGGAUACUAUUAUCCAUGCUUUUGUCACCCGGGCCUGAGCAAUAAUGCACAUGAUGAUAAAGACCAAUCAUUCAAGGUAAUUUACAGCGAUUUGGCUGUCAUGUUUCCUUUAUACCACGUCAAGCACCAAGUCUGUGACCAAAAGAACAAAGUAGCAAGUCAUGCGUGGCUGAUCAAGAUAAGAACUGCCGUAUUUGUUAUGACAUUCCUCAAGUUUUGA